UGCACUGUCUCAGCUUACUUUUCACCCUCGUUCCCCUUGCACCUGUAAUUAUCCUCCUCACAUGCCCAGCCCGCCCUCUUCCUCCUCCUCCUCCUCCUCCCCAACCUCAGUAGUACUGUUCAUGUCACUCACUCUUUACUCGCCAUUUAAUCGUUUCACUCACGCUCUCACAUGGCGCCCCAUUAAUAUAUAGCACCACCACUCCCCGCUCCAAGCUCCAACAACAAUAGAAGCUCAACCCAAGGCCACACACACUCUAGCUCUGAAGCUCACUCAGAAGGACACCUUCCUCGCUGUGUUUGCCUAGCCUGAACAUUGCCGUCCGUCCAUGUCGAGCAAGUCGUCGAGGAGGAGCGGCUUCACGCUGCGGCAGCCGCCGGUGGUGGACAUCGGCUGCAACUGCCGGCGUCCGAAGCUCUUCUCCCUCUUCUCCUCCUCCUCCCUGCCGUUCCGUGGCGGCGCCGGGGGCAAGCCCAAGUCGCCCACCAACGCUUCCUCCAGCUCCACGACGACGGCGUUCACGGCCACCACCGUGGGCGGGCUGAGCGGCACCACGGCCACGACCUCCACCGACUCUGCCUCCUGGGGCCCCGCGUCCUUCACCAACAACUCGCUCUACGAGGACCCGCCGUCGGCGCACCGCCGCCAGCCGGCGCCGGAGCAGCCGGAGACGAGGCGGCGGCGCAGGCAGCAGCAGCGGCGCCGGCGCAGGCGCGCCGAGCAGCAGGAGCAAGAGGAGGCUGCGGCCGCGGCGUACGGGCGCGUGGCGAGGGAGAGCGUGCCCGUGGCCGUGGAAUCGGCGGAGCCGUACGAGGACUUCAGGGAGUCGAUGGUGCAGAUGGUGGUGGAGAAGGAGAUCUACGCGUGGGACGACCUCAACGACCUCCUCCACCAGUUCCUCACGCUCAACUCGCCGCGCCACCACCCGCUCAUCCUCCACGCCUUCGCCGACCUCUGGACCCGCAACGGCCUCUUCUCGCCUCCUUCCCCUUGCCAGUUCUAGCUAGCUGCCCUCACUCAGUGCUCUGCCCCUGCCCUGCCCUGGUCAAUCAAAUCAACCAACCAGCAUUACAACGCCACGGCGCCAUGCACGCACGCACUCGAUCACCUAUAUCACCAUACUAUUAUUACUACUACUACCGUUUAGUGUUGUGUAACCACUAGUGUUAAUUACUGCUAGCACCAGCUGAUCACCAGGUUUGUUAACUACCAUGGCCGGCCGGGAGGAUUAUUAAUGGAGAUCCCGGCGAGGCGUGCGUCCAGUCUUCAGCUCAAGCUAAGCUGAAACGCUACGCACGAUGAUGUACUAGCUCCAAUGUGAUGUACUUCAAUAGUUCGACCGAUUCAUGUAAUGUAAUGAUGCGCGCGCGUGGCGCCGUGGCGGUGUAAUGAUAUACUACCAGUACUUGUUGUGUUUGA